GCUGAUGUCAAUUUAGUUGGCAACUUAGUGUCGACUUUGCAAUAUCGCUUGUGAUAUUUUCAUUCUUGCUCGUGCUCUCUCGUACUCUUUCUCCGCGUGUGUGUUUCUUUUGUGUGUGGUGUAGCUACUCCAACAAAAAAAAAAAAUUGUCAGAAUUUUUGGUUCUCAUCAUCUUGAUAUUGAAGAGUUAUUUAUCCCAGAAGUUACAACAAUAACAACAUCAUCUGUUCUCAUCUCAACUACGUUUUGUUUGCAGUUAGAAACAAAUUGUGUGAUUUUGUGUGGCAAUUAGAUAGAGAUAAAUCGACUUGUUGAUUUUUUUUUUUAAAUAAAGAGAAACAAGGUUACAAAAGUUCAAAAGACUGAGACCAAUAAUUGAUUGUUAAGCAAUUCCUGUUUUAAAGGAUUUUUAAGAAAAUAAAGCUCUAACAGCCUAAGCCCUUCCUCCCCACCCUAGAACAAAACUAAGUGAUCUCAACUUAAGCCUAGCAAUAUAAGCCAAGAACUCUUCAAAGUGAUAUCAAGCUAAGAAUAAGAAGAACAACAAAACAGAAAAGAGAACCAACAACUAGAUCUGCCCGCCUCCAAUAGCAAUAGCAACAGCCACCAGGACAUUGCACUUUCAAGCUUUUGAAAGCUUCUAGCUCACUCGUCGUAUAAUGUUGAGUAGUAUUGCAUCCUAUCUAUUUGGUUCGAAUACUACUACAACUACACCGGAUAAGGAAACGCUAACAGCAACCGGCAUAGGCAGUGGCGUUGAGGAAAUUAUCGAUGCACCCCCCUCUAAUACGGUUGAUGUUGAUAAUCUCAUAGAAGUAACCUCACUGACCCCAUCGGUAACGGGCUCUGAAUCUUUGGAUAAAUCUUCGGCGGUAGCAGCAGCCACAGCACGUGCCAUUAGACGUGGCAAGAAUAAGCGCAACAAUACCCGUCAGCAGAAUAAACGUAAAGCUGGAGUUAAAGGUGGCAACACCAAGGAGACUGGCAGUACAUCGGGCAAGCAAAUAACGAAAUUAUCAACUACUUCAUCGCCCAGCGAUAGUUGUGACGAAGAUUUCGACGAAGACGAGUGGUUCAUUGUUGAAAAGGAAGACGACGACAACGACGUCUCCUCACCUCGCAACGAGAACGAGGCUGACAACAAUAGCACUACAACCACUAUCGAGAUCGUCAAAUCGGUCAAACCCACUAUCGCUCCCAGUCCAUUGGCGCAACAGAGGCGCCUUCAACAUAUCAAUUCGCAUUCCCUUUACAGUGGACCAAGGCCACAAAAGCAACGCAACUAUUUGCAAAAAUCACGCGGCAACAACAACAAUAGCUCCCGCAAUAGCGGUCUAAGUGUCUCAACAUUAAGUCCAUCCCGCACAGUAAACGAAAAUCGCAAUGCCCCUCUGGGCAAUGGGCCCUCCGGGGUAACAGCUGAUGGCGGUAUGACCCGUUCGCUGUAUGUGGUGUCAUCAUCGGCAUCGGCUCAUCAGGAUGUCGCAGCGAACGGAUCAUUGGGAAAUUUGAAGAAAAUGGACGAAUCAUGGUUCGUAACACCACCACCAUGUUUCACCUCCAUUGGACCCAUCAAUAUGGAAGCUACACCCUAUGAGAACCUAUUGAUUGAGCAUCCAAGCAUGUCUGUGUAUCAUAGUAUUAAAACGGCCCAAGCUGCCACUGAGAGUUUUGUUAAACUCGAUCUCGGUAUUAAGGAGCCCAAAGAAAAGCGGCCAGCUAAGGAGAAUGUACAACGCAAGAAUUCCCAAGCUGUCCAACAGCGAUCAUCGGCUGGCUUCCGUUUGGAUCGCCAAAGCGUUGCUCAAUUGAAGCAGGAAUUGUUGGAACGCACUGUACAGAAGACCCAAACCAAAAAGGAUCGUCGUGACAUCUGUCGUUCGGCCAUCAAACGGGCCAAUAAGGUACGUGAUGUUCAAUCCAAGAACCAUACUUCCCGUCGUUCCGACAGACAACACUUCAAGGUUGUAAGCAGUGCCAACAACAACCGCAAAUCCUGCUUCUAAAUGGCGAAAAUCCCAGCCGAAUCCCUUCAUAGGAGAUAAAUGGCUUUCAGAAAGGAUAUAUGAUUGAAACAGAGAAAGAAGAGGGAGGAACAUGAAAACCAAUUAUUUUUGGAAAAUAAAUGAGGCCAACAAAUGCUCUCUUUAUUUAUGCAAAACAAAGUAAAAAACCAACAACAACAAAAAACACCACUAAUACAAAACAACAACAAGAAAAACAAUCACAAGAGAUACUAAUAAAAUUUGAAAAUGAAAAAUUAAAAUUCUAAAAUUUUAAUUUGAAAAGCUGAAAAAAACACACACACACACACACAAACAAAAAAAUUAAAACCAAAAAUUAAGAAAAAUUAAAAAAAAAAUCCAGAAACUUAAAAAUAAAAAACAAAAUUAAAAAAUUAUUUGUAAAAUUAGAUAUAUAUGAGUGAAAAACAAAAAAGGAAAAUUGUAUUAAAACUUUGAGAUAUGUAUUUUUAAAGGAUAAAACUAAGCAACAAGUAGAAGAAAAAGGAAAAACAGAGAAAUCCCAGAAGAAAAAAACAAAAAAAAAAAAAAAUAACAAA